AUGGAGUGCUCGCACCGGCGCCCAUGAUGUGUCCAACUGGGGGGGUAUCGGACUGUCCGGCAAACAGAAAUGGAGCGUUGUGGUCGACACCUGGUGGAAUGGGAUGAUGAUUGAUUGAUUGCAAAUCAACCAUUGGAUCGACCGGACAAGGCGGAGAAAUUUUGGCCGCUCACCGCCUUGGAGGCCGACAAACAAAAGCGGCCCCCAACUUUCCGUGUUGGGAAAGCCACUGCCACUGCCACUACUGCCACUAUUGCCCCUCCAUUGAUUCUCCGCCUGUUGCCUCUCUUUCUUCCCCUCCCUCACUUGCGGCCCCUUUUCUCUAUCUGACUCCCCCCGCCUCUUCAAUCGAACCCUCAACUCUCACAAUGGCCGCCUCUCCUGACUCCAAGGUCUUCCGGGCCACCACUACUGCCCCCGUCAACAUCGCUGUUAUCAAGUACUGGGGCAAACGCGAUGCCGUCCUCAACCUGCCUACGAACUCCUCGCUCUCCGUUACUCUCUCGCAGCGCUCCCUCCGUACCCUCACGACUGCCUCCUGCGCACCCUUCUACCCCGCCAAGGAUGAGCUGAUCCUCAACGGGAAACCCCAGGACAUCCAGUCCUCCAAGCGCACGCUUGCCUGCCUGGCCAGCCUGCGCUCGCUUCGUCGCGAGCUAGAAGAUUCCGAUUCUUCGCUGCCCAAAUUGUCCGCCUUCCCUCUCCGCAUCGUUUCCGAGAACAACUUCCCCACCGCCGCCGGUCUCGCUAGCUCCGCUGCCGGGUUCGCAGCUCUCGUCCGUGCCGUCGCAGACCUUUACCAGCUUCCUCAGUCACCCCGUGACCUGAGCCGCAUUGCCCGCCAGGGUUCUGGCUCUGCCUGCCGUUCUCUCAUGGGCGGCUAUGUCGCAUGGCGCGCUGGAAGCCUCGAGGAUGGUAGCGACAGUCUGGCAGAGGAGGUUGCGCCCCAGUCCCACUGGCCUGAGAUGCGCGCCAUCGUCCUGGUGGUCAGCGCUGAGAAGAAGGACGUCCCCAGCACGGAGGGUAUGCAGACGACCGUUGCCACGUCGAACCUCUUCGCUACCCGUGCGAGCACUGUUGUCCCGGAACGGAUGACUGCCAUUGAGACUGCCAUUCAGAACCGCGAUUUCCCUGCCUUCGCGGAGAUCACGAUGCGCGACUCGAACAGCUUCCACGCUACCUGCCUGGACUCCUGGCCUCCGAUCUUCUACAUGAAUGACGUCUCCCGCGCCGCUGUCAGGCUUGUGCAUGACAUCAACCGCGCGGUUGGCCGGACUGUCUGCGCUUACACUUACGAUGCUGGCCCGAACUCUGUCAUCUACUACCUUGAGAAGGACACCGAGCUCGUCGCCGGUACCAUCAAGGCCAUCCUUGGCGAGAAGAGCGAGGGCUGGGAGGGACCCUUCUACGAGCCUCUGAAGGACCUCACCGCCCCGGGUGUGGCCCUGGACCAGGUCGACCCCCGGACUGUGGAGUCUCUCAAGGAUGGAGUUAGCCGUGUGAUCCUAACCGGUGUCGGCGAGGGCCCCAUCAGUGUGGAGGACCACCUUGUCAGUGAGAAGGGCGAUGUUCUCUCCAACUAAACAGACAGCAUCUCAUCUGGGGGUUCGAAACAUCGGCAACUAACGAGUCACGAGUCCUUCAACAACGGACCAUCCUGAGCUAAUAUACCCAUGCCUUUGCAUCUGUUGCAUACUUCCCAGGUCAUAAUAAUCUUCUAGCUCCCCCAACGGUCUAGGAGCCUCAUGAUGUAUAUACUUCCUUUCGGGCUAACCAUCCCUUAUCAUACACGCUACGAAUUGGACAUUUAAUUGCAACCCAUC